GCUGGGAUACAGUAUAAUCUUCAAUACCCAGCAAGGGAAAGAUCAGACCUGACCAUUCUCUUCUCCCAUUCUCUUUCCAGAUUUCUGUGGCGCUUGUACAGGACUAGACCCUCUAAGAAGAAUGCCAGAGGAAUUGUUUUAUUUGGACAUGAUAUUCAAGAAAACAUUUAUUUCAGUUAUUUUUUUCAGAAAUUCUACCAUGAACUGGGGUGCAGACCUCAGUUGAUCCUUGACUGAAGCCUACACAGAUGUCCUCAGUACCUAUUGGUUUGGGCCAUGGAAGAUCAACCUGUUGAAGGUAAUGAUGUCUAUACUCUACCUGCUUCUUCAAAAUUGCACUUGUACAUUGAUGUGGUCCUUUGCUACUGCCAUACCUGAAUUUCUCUAAAGGUCAGCACAAUUCUCCAGUGGAAAUGAAGAAGUGUCAUAUGCUUGUUCUGAAGUUUCAUGGUGAGAACGUCCCACAACUUUAUUUAUGGCCAGGUGAGAACCAUGCCCAGUGAAAGCUUUUCAGACAAUAUAACCAAGGAUUACUACAAUAAUUACACCUGGCCAGAAGACCCCUUGUAUCUUUUCCCAGUCCCAGUUCUUACAGUAAUAACUGUGGUUUGUGUUCUUCUGUUUAUUAUUGGGAUAUUUGGUAAUAUCAUGACCAUGCUAGUAGUGUCCAAGUACAAGGAUAUGAAAACUACAACAAACCUCUAUCUCUCCAGCAUGGCAUUCUCAGACCUCCUAAUCUUUCUCUGUAUGCCACUUGAUUUGUACAAGCUCUGGCAAUAUAAACCCUGGAAUUUUGGAAGCCUCCUCUGCAAGCUGUUUCAGUUCAUCAGUGAAAGUUGCACUUACUCCACAAUUCUAAACAUCACAGCCCUAAGUGUGGAGAGAUAUUUUGCCAUCUGUUUUCCUUUAAAAGCUAAGGUAGUCAUCACCAAGGGAAGAGUGAAAUUUGUCAUCUUUGUUCUUUGGGCAGUAUCUUUUGUUAGCGCAGGACCUAUUUUUGUCUUGGUCGGUGUUGAACAUGAAAAUGGGACCAACCCUCUAGAAACAAAUGAAUGUAAAGCUACCGAGUAUGCAGUUAAGUCUGGGCUCCUCACUAUCAUGGUGUGGACAUCAAGUGUUUUUUUCUUCUUGCCUGUCUUCUGCCUCACUGUCCUGUACAGCCUUAUUGGAAGGAAACUGUGGAGAAGGAAGACUGACUCUUUAGGACCAAGUAUCUCUCACAGGGACAAGAAUAACAAACAGACUGUCAAAAUGCUAGCUGUGGUGGUGUUUGCCUUCAUCCUCUGCUGGUUACCAUUUCAUGUGGCACGCUACCUGUUCUCGAAAUCCUUUGAAGCUGGAUCCUGGGAAAUAGCUCUGAUCAGUCAGUAUUGUAACCUGGUAUCUUUUGUGCUUUUCUACUUGAGUGCUGCCAUCAACCCCAUUCUAUACAACAUCAUGUCCAAAAAAUACCGUGCAGCAGCCUGCAGACUAUUCCGACUAAAGAAAGUUCACAGAAAAGCACCUUACGCUAUGAAUGAUGAAAGUUCACCUGCUUGGACAGAAUCCUACGUCAGCUCAUGACAGGAAACAUCUGCACAAGGAAAAUGUGACCUGCUUUUUGCCUGACUACACUGAAGCCAUACUAUUCCAGAAAAUACCUUGUAGAAUCCAUAAAUUGUGCUGUAUUUCAUUGUAACACAAUAGUAUCUCAGGAUUUAAAUGCUAUCUACAGUGUAUGUGUGAUGGGAAGGCUGGCCAGUGCUUUGCACCAGGGAAAAACUUUAAUAUCCAUUCCUAUUUUUAGAGUUAUUUUUUUCCUCAGUGACAGCGAUAUUUUUUGUAUUGGUUUGUAACGGGUGCUCAAGGCAAUAUGGUUCUCAUGUGGGACUUUCAUAAGUUCAUACAGUAUUUAUUAAGCUAUAGCCUACUGUAUGUGUCUGAAGUACUGCCAUGAACUAUCAGUUUUCUGUAAUACAUUUGACUUUUUCAUGCACUUCCUGUGGCUUGGUGUCCAAAGAAUAAUGGUCCUCAGUACAGUAUAAAGUUUUAAUGUUGUGUGAUAAC